UUUGGUUUUUUUAGUAUCAAAAAGUUAAAGGGAGAAGAUGGUGGGGAAAUAGUCCACAGAAUGCAUUGAAGAAUCCCUCAUAAAUACCCCAUUGCUCCCCAACUUCUUCUCCUUUUCGUCCUCCUCCUUUUUAUUAGUCAUUGAGUUUAAAUGGCUCAGCUAACAGCAUUAUUAGUUUCAUUAUUAACGCUUGUUCUAUCAAUAUCAGGAGUAAUUUCAACGACCUUCACAAUAAUAAACAAGUGCGAGUAUACAGUAUGGCCAGGCAUUCUGUCCAUCGGCCGUUCACCGGCAAUGUCAACAACCGGCUUCGCGCUCCAAAAUGGCGAGUCCAUGACCAUCACGGCACCGACCUCCUGGGCCGGUCGCUUCUGGGGCCGAACCAACUGCUCCCAAGACUCCACGGGCAAGUUCUCCUGCGUCACAGGUGAUUGUGGCUCCGGAAAAAUCGAGUGCUCCGGGAAUGGCAGCGCGAUGCCAGCGACCCUGGCCGAGUUCACGCUCGGCGGCGCGGGUGGGUUCGACUUCUUCGACGUCAGCUUGGUCGACGGGUACAACCUCCCUAUGAAGGUCGUACCCGAGGGUGGGACCGAUCAGAAUUGCCCAAGCGUUGGCUGCCUGGCCGACCUCAACGACUCGUGCCCCUCGGAGCUGAAGGUCACUAGCGCCGACGCCGACGGGAACGUUGCCUGCAAGAGCGCGUGCAUGGCCUUUAACCAGUCCAAGUACUGUUGCACUGGCGCGUAUAGUUUUCCUAGCACAUGCAAGCCGUCUAGAUACUCUCAGAUCUUCAAGAGCGCGUGCCCACAGGCUUACAGCUACGCGUACGACGAUAAGACGAGCACUUUCUCAUGCGCCUCCGCAAAUUACACAAUUAGUUUCUGCCCCACCCGUAAGUUCCUAACACCAGACAGGAUAACUCCCAUUCGUCGUUGA